AUGGUAGCUCUGUAUACAACGGAUGUGGUUCCAGUCCAGUUGACAGUAGUACAUGACCUGGUUACUGGUUCUUUGUGGCCUAGCUGUAACUUGAUCUGGUUUUCCAAUGUGCCCCGUGCACCCUUUGCCAAAGAUAAAGCAGGCUAUGAGUGGGUAAAAAGGAAGGGAGACAAAUACAUAUUUCCAGGAGAUGGUGCAAAUCAACAUUCAGAUCAGAUUUCCAAGAUGGUUUUAGAAAUUGCUUUUGGCCGACGAACAAGAGUUGCCAUGGAUAUUAAUUGUGGAAUAGCGAGUUUCGGUACAUAUCUGAUGGACUGCAAUGUCAGCACAUUGUCUAUUGCAACAAAAGGUGUGCAUAGCAAUCAGGUUCAAUUUGCAUUGGAACGUGGAGUGCCUGCUAUGUUAGCAGCAUUCACUACACACCAUCUGUUGUUCCCUAGCCAGGCAGUUGACUUGACACAUUGUUCCAGAUGUAGCAUAAAUUGGACCCGUGAUGAUGGCAUUUUGCUUCUAGAGGUAAACAGGAUGCUUAGGGCAGGAGGAUAUUUUAUCUGCGCAGCAGAACCUGUUCCACCAUUUAAAGAAAUGGAGGAUCUUACUCAACGGCUAUCUUGGGAAUUAUUAAAGAAGGAGGGCGACAUUUCUAUUUGGAGGAAGCCUUUGAAUAACAGUUGCUAUCUCAGUCGCGCUCCAGCAGUUCAACCUUCGCUAGGUGAUGCUGGUGAUGAUCCAGAUAAUGUCUGGAAUGUAAACCUAAAGAAAUGUAUUACGCAAUUACCUGAGAACGGCUAUGGAGCUAACAUGACUGCUUGGCCUGCACGCCUUCACUCUCCACCAAACAGGCUGUUUAGUAUAAAAAUGGAUGCUGAAUUAUCUAGGAGGGAAAUUUUUAAAGAGAGCCGUGCUGAGACAUCAUCUGAACCUGCUCCUCCACCCAAUAAAUCUGCAGUGCCUGUUAACAAGACAAAUUUUCCCUGUUACUUCUAUUUCAAUGGCUAUUGCAAUAAAGGUGAAAGAUGCUCAUAUCUGCAUGGACCUGAUGAUGGUACAACUACGUGGAAAUCCUCAAAAAUAGCUUCUGGAGUCCCUGAUGGACUAACAGCCGAGAAGAAGACAUCUGCAGGAAGUGAAACCGGUCCUUCAGCAGUCGAAAAACAUCCCGAUUCUUCUGAAACUGGGCCCAAGGCAGCAGCAUGUGAAUAUGUCAAAUCAAAAGUAGAUCUCCAUUUGACGACUAAUAAUGUUGGUGAGCAGAUUGCUUCUCAUGAGACUUCAGGAUCCCCUUCUGAAGAAGCUACUGCAGUCAGGUUAGAUUCUUUAGUCCCUGCUGAAUGCUUUAGCCAAGGAGAAUCCGAUUUGUCCCCCAACCAGAGCUCAGACGAAGAAGUGGAGGACAACGUGGAGAGAGAAGAGUUGUUAGAAUCAUCUCCUGGUUUUGAUGUUCUUGUUGAUGAUAGAGUAGAAGGUUUGGGUCACGAAGAUGAUCACCAGUAUAUGCCGCACCAUGAUAUGGAAGACAGGGAGCUUGAUGAACGGUUUGCUGGAUAUGAUUUUGAGAACAGCCUCGAGUAUGAUCCUUCAUAUCCAGAUAUGAGAAUUGCAUCUGACCAAGAACAAGACGGUUCUUAUUAUAACGUUGAGAAUCAUGAAAUAAAUGAACAUGUCAGAGAAAUCCCUAUCCCUGCUCAUGGAAGACAAAAUGUACCACAUAAAAGAAGGUUGUCUAGAGAAAUGCCUUUCCGUGGCAGAGGCAAUGUUGACCUCCGGGACCUUCUGAAGAGGCGUCGAGGCAAUGAAAGUGAUCCUCCAAAUCACUUGUCCAGAAGGUUUGACCUGUCUAGAUCGAAUGCCCGUGAGCAAAGCAGGAAUAGGUAUCGUCGUCCACAGGGUUCCCCGUGGAUGCCUCAAAGACUGGCUUCAAAAGUGGAAAGCAACGUUUCUUUCUCCUCCGGCUUUGUGGAGAGUGCUGAACAUCUGAAAAAGUUGAGACAAUCUCAAGGAAGCAGUUACAGACAGCAACAUUUCAAGGACAGGAGACGGGGCCGGUCACGGCCUUUUGCAAAUGAACCCCCUAGGAGGAUGACUUAUAGGGAGAGAUUGACUGAAGCUCCUAAGAUCUUUAAUGCUCCCAAGACUCUAGCUCAAAUUAGAGAAGAAAAAAGGAGAGGAAGAGACGAUGGUGAUUCUUUCGAGAGAACAGCGCCAUCUGGAGUAAGUGAAAGAGAAGAUUUUUCUGGUCCAAAACCUCUAAGUGAAAUUCUCAAAGACAAAAGGAGGCUGGGUUCAGUAGUGACCUUGAGCAAUUAGUAGAAUUUAAAGGUUUUGAUGAAACAUGUCUGAAAAAAUGUCUAUAGGAUUAUGAUGAAAACUUAGAUUUGGAAAAGCUUUACUGUAGCUUGGUGCAAAGUUUUAGGGAAGUGAACAUUGUAAAAUUUUCUGGAUUAGCAUGUGAAACUUCACAAAAUUUUGAAACAGCUAAGUCAUCGAUAAGUGGUACUAGAAGAAAUUGUGCAAUUGAAUAUUACAGGUAAAUUGAAAAAUAGCCUUUUUUCUAUGGAAGUGCACAGUGCAUACUCUGAUUUAUCUUUUUUA